CAGCUGGAAUACCAUCAUGAUAGUGAUCCCUCCUUCACUGUCGAGGCACACUCGCGAGUAGCUGUGUUUGACAAAAGGGAGAAUAUGGCCCACACUCGAGAUCCUGACUCAACAGAUUCCUAUGAUAAUAAUAUCGCAAAUCAGAACCUGACGGCGCCCUGUCUCCGCUAAUUCACCGGGAAAGGAACGCUAAAUCAGUAGCCUUCUAGAAAAUGUCACCGACGUACUUAAAAAGCUCCCCGGAGUAUCAUUGUCAAUGUAAGUCGCCUUCACUUUCGGGCUGCACACUGCACGCGAUGACUACCACCACAGUCUACGUUUCUCCAAAGCCAGACUUCUUCGUGUUUUUCUGGUAUCGAAGUUUUAUCGGUCUUGUUCACUAUGGCUCUUUGGGGAGUAUCCUGCCUGCAAAUUUUUCUGUACUUCUUCAACAAACGGAAAGACAGCCACUGCAUCCGGUGUUUGGUUAUCUGGCUCUGGUCUAUGGAUACAGUACACCAAGGCCUCAUCGUUUCUGGAGUGUACAAGGCAAUACGUGACAACGCGACAGCAAGUACCGAUUAUAUUCGCUCAGAAUAUCUGAUUCAAAUCCUUUUCACGAUUCUGGUCACCAAACCGGCUCAGGGAUUUUUUGCAUAUCGAAUUUGGAUAUUCAGUGAUAAAAGCAAACUUAUCAUUACCUUCCUCGUACCUGCUAUCCUAUUCCAACUUGUCGAUGGAAUCAUAUUCAUGGUUAUCAACCUUCCAGCGACGGACAAACUGCCAUUUACCUCUACUAGCAAGGGUGUCGCCAUCGCGUAUUUCAUCGACGGUGCUAUCAUAGAUCUGUUUAUCGCAAUCACGAUAUGUAUAUGCCUCUGGCGGAGGUACCUUCGUUUUGGUGGUACAACCAACAGGACGUGUUCCAUAGUCCAUCGGCUUAUCCUCUUCUCUAUCAACAUGGGCACUUGGCCAGCCGUUUAUAGCCAUCAUCACUUUGGUCAUGUUAAUGGUGUACCCGAUGUACUACCUCUACGCGGGGCUUUAUUUCUUCCUUUCAUCCGUCUACUGUAACACAGUGCUUGCAUCGAUCAAUGCGCGACCGUAUAUUCAAAGUUUGACUGACGGACGAGAUAUCUUCAUCCCAAAGGAAUCUGGUAUUCAAUUCGCUGCGGAUGUCUCUCAGGUCCGCGAUGAACUAGAGUUGGAGUCGUAUAAAAUCGACCUCGAAUUGUCCAGAGUUUGAAAAAAGUCGUUGCUCUU